CGGCAGGCGGGCAGGGACGAUUGUUAAAGUUAGCCUCUGGUUCCGGAACGCCGAGCGAAGAUGGCGGCGGCCAGGGUCUGGAGGCUUGUCCUCCGCGGUCAGGGGCCGUCAUUGCACACCUCAGCCGAGGCCGCCGUCACAGCUCCAGAGGUGACCGGCCCCGAUGUCCCGGCGGUCCCUGUCGCGCGUUACCCGCCCGUUUUGGCCUCUCUGACUGCCAAGAGCAAGGCGGCUCGGCAGCGGCGAGUGGAGCGCUGGCAGGCGGCGGUGCACGCGGCCGCGGCGGUGGACGAGAAGCUGCGAAUCCUCACCAAGAUGCAGUUCAUGAAGUACGUGGUUUACCCCCAGACCUUCAGCCUGAACGCUGACCGCUGGUAUCAGGGCUUCACCAAGACCGUUUUCCUGUCAGGCCUCCCGCCGCCGCCCGCCGAGCCGAAGCCGGGGCCCUCCCUGGACCUCGCGGCCCUGCGCGCCGCCACCUUUGACUGCCUCUUGCAAGAGCACUUCUACCUGCGGCGCCGGCGGCGAGCACCCCUCUUCCGGGAGCGUGAGGCCGUCGCCUCGCCCUUCCUGGACCAGCUGGCGGCCGCCCUUGUGGGCCUGCUCAGCGCGCACAACCCGACUCUUGCUGCAGCCGCCCUUGAUUAUAAACGCCCAGUUCACUUUUAUUGGUUGCGUGGUGAAGAAAUUAUUCCUUGUGGUCAUCGGAAAGGUCAUAUUGAUGCUUUGCGAUACCAAAUAAAUGAUAAACCACACAACCAGAUUCGAAUAUCCAAACAACUCCCAGAGUUUGUGCCUCUGGAUUAUUCUGUACCCAUAGAAAUCCCUUCUAUGAACUGUAAGCCAGACAAACUUCCAUUAUUCAAACGACAGUAUGAAAAUACCAUAUUUAUUGGCUCAAAGACAGCAGAUCCAUAUUGUUAUGGUCAUACCCAGUUUCAUCUGUUACCUGACAAAUUAAAAAGAGAAAGGCUUUUGAAACAAAACUGUGCUGAUCAGAUAGAAGUUGUUUUUAGAGCUAAUGCUAUUGCAAGCCUUUUUGCUUGGACUGGAGCACAAGCUAUGUAUCAAGGAUUCUGGAGCGAAGCAGAUGUUACCCGGCCUUUUGUCUCUCAGGGUGUGAUUACAGACGGAAAGUACUUUUCCUUUUUCUGCUACCAGUUAAAUACUUUGGCACUGACUAAACAAGCUGACCAAAAUAACCCUCGUAAAAAUAUAUGUUGGGGAACCCAAAGUAAGCCUCUUUAUGAAACAAUCGAAGGUAAUGAUGUGAAAGGUUUUGACGACGAUGUACUACUUCAGAUAGUUCAAUUUCUACUGAAUAGACCGAAAGAAGACAAAUCACAGCUGCUGGAAAACUAACAAACAUUUGAUUCAGGACUUUGGGAUUACUUUAAUUUCACUGGUGGAACAAUGAAAGGAAUUUUAAUGAUGAGGCUUAUAACUAUCAAAUAUUAAUAAAUAUAUUGAUUUUGACAUA